CUCAUUGCCUUGUUCAUUCGUUUUGAAGAACGAAAACCCUUUCCCUUUUCCAUCUCUUGUUUGAAAAUCAGAGAGGGGGAGAGACCUAAUUCUUAUUUCAGUUCAAUUUCUGUUGAAAUCUUGGGCAAAAUCAUUAAUCGGACGGUCUUUCUGCCUCAAUUUCCUGCAAUCGGUGGGCCUGAACUCAUUGCGCCGUCCAUUCGUGGGCACCGCCGCGCUCCGAUUGAUUCUUGGCCGUCGAUUUCCCUUUCCUAGGGUUCCGCCUCAGAUGCUCGUCGACCUUCCAUGAAAUUUACGGAUCGGCAGCCAAAAAUAUGCCGGAGAUCACGGAAGCGCCGGAAAAGAACCUCUCCAUCUCCCCGACGAGCUCCCGGUCGGUGACGGAGACGGUGAAUGGGUCCCACAAGUUCGUCAUCCAGGGCUACUCCCUGGCCAAAGGGAUGGGGAUUGGCAAGCACAUCGCGAGCGAAAACUUCACCGUUGGAGGCUACCAGUGGGCCAUUUAUUUCUACCCUGACGGCAAAAACCCCGAGGACAACUCGACCUACGUUUCAGUGUUCAUCGCGCUGGCUAGCGAGGGAACGGAUGUGCGGGCUCUGUUUGAGCUGACGCUUGUCGAUCAGAGUGGGAAAGAGAAGCAUAAGGUCCACAGCCAUUUCGAUCGGUCGUUGGAGAGCGGGCCGUACACGCUGAAGUAUCGAGGGAGCAUGUGGGGCUACAAGCGUUUUUUCAGACGAGCUAUGCUUGAAACAUCAGAUUACCUCAAAGAUGAUUGCUUGAGGAUCAAUUGCACAGUUGGCGUUGUGGUUUCAGCUAUGGAUUGCUCCAGAUUACACUCUAUACAUGUUCCUGAUUCUGAUAUAGGAACGCACUUUGGUAUGCUGCUGGAGAAUCAGGAAGGUUCUGAUGUUGUCUUUGAAGUGUGUGGAGAAAAGUUUCAUGCUCAUAAAUUGGUAUUGGCUGCUCGAUCCCCCGUCUUUCGUGCUGAAUUUUUUGAUGGGUUGGAGGGAGACAACCAUGAGAUUGUUAUUACAGAUUUGGAACCCAAGGUUUUUAAGGCCAUGCUGCAUUUCAUAUACAGAGACACUCUUAUAGAAGAUGAGGAACUGAGUGUGUCAGGUUCAUCAUCGUCUAUAUCUGACACAUUGGUUGCAAAAUUGUUAGCUGUGGCAGACAAGUAUGGUUUGGACAGACUCAGGUUGAUGUGUGAGUCUUAUCUGUGUAAGGAUAUAUCCGUGAACUCAGUUGCUUACACUCUUGCCUUGGCUGAUGCGUAUCAUGCCACGGAACUGAAAGCCGUUUGCCUCAAAUUUGCUGCUGAAAAUCUUGCAGUCGGAACUCCUGAAGACGGUGGCCGGUUGUGAGGAGGAAUGCAGCAGCGGUGGAAAGAGCCGGAGCGUGUGGGCCCAGCUCUCGGAUGACGAUGAUACUAACGGGCGGAGGGUAAGGCAACGGACUUGACAUGAAAGAAGCGGAAAGAGAAAAGAGCAAAAAAACGGAAAUGGUCACCAAUUUGUACAAUGGCUGUAAAAAAAAGAAGCAUUGCCUUUGUUGUGUCGAUCCCUUGUCAUGUGUUUCUUUGGAUGAUGGUGUGAUGGCAAUGAGUUUGGAUGUUGUUCUUAAAUUGUAGGUUUUUAGUAGCAGCUGACAACUCGAAAAGGUGCAAACCAUUGAGAACUAAGAAGAACGCUUCCAAAUGUCUGCUGAUCGAAUGCCCAAUGCCUGUAGACAAGGUAAUCCUUUUUCGGAUCGUGUAGUUAUGAAUGUUUUGAUCUUUUCUAUCACUGCUGGAAGUAAUUUUAGGUUUCUGCCAAACAGUGUAAAAAUUGGAUUGAAUUCGGUUGUGUUUCUUCAUAUGUUAUUACAGCAUAAUUACCAGUU